GGGGCGGCUGACCUCUGCGCAUGGCCCCUCUCCUCCGGCAGCCUCCGAGAUCCUUUUCCAAUUGAUGUGAUCCAGGAAAAUUAUGUCCGUAAUGUGAAAAACUGCAUUUUUUCAAUUGCCUAUCCUACACCUUUUAAAUCUAGAGUUCGUCUUGUAGCUGUUUCAAAGGAAGUUCUUGAAAAUAUUUUGGAUCUUGAUAUAUCUGUCAAAGAAACCUCUGGUUUUCUUCAGUUUGUCAGUGGUGGGAAAGUGAUACUUGGGUCUGUUCCGUUGGCCCAUAGGUAUGGGGGUCACCAGUUUGGUAGCUGGGCGGGUCAGCUGGGUGAUGGAAGAGCCCACUUGAUCGGAGUAUAUACAAACAGGCAUGGCGAGAGGUGGGAACUACAGUUAAAAGGGUCAGGAAGGACCCCAUACUCCAGGAAUGGUGAUGGAAGAGCUGUUCUUCGCUCUUCUGUGCGAGAAUUUUUGUGCAGUGAGGCCAUGCACUAUCUGGGAAUUCCUACAAGCAGAGCUGCUAGCUUAGUUGUCAGUGAUGAUGAUGUGUGGAGAGACCAGUUUUACAACGGAAAUAUUAAGAAAGAAAGAGGUGCAGUAGUGCUACGUCUUGCCAAAUCAUGGUUUCGUAUAGGAUCCUUAGAAAUCUUAGCUCAUUCUGGGGAACUGGACUUACAAAGAAGGUUGCUAGACUUUAUCAUCCAGGAACAUUUUCCAUCAAUAGCCAUGAAUGAUUCAAAUAGAUAUCUGGAAUUUUUCUCUACAGUCGUAUCAGAGACUGCAAAUCUGAUUGCAUUGUGGAUGUCUGUGGGGUUUGCACAUGGUGUGUGCAAUACAGAUAACUUCAGUUUAUUAUCCAUAACAAUAGAUUAUGGUCCAUUUGGAUUUAUGGACUCCUAUGACCCAAAUUUUGUUCCAAACACAUCUGAUGAUGAAAGGAGGUAUAGAAUAGUAAACCAGGCAAAUGCUGGGCUGUUUAAUCUGAGCAAGCUGUUACAAGCUCUAAAACCUUUAUUGGAUCCCAGGCAAAAGCAGCUAGCUUCCCAGAUUUUGGAAGGGUUUGGUGAGCACUAUUACAGACGUUUCACAGAACUCUUCAAAACAAAAUUGGGUCUUCUUGGGGAGAACGAAGAUGAUAACUAUUUGAUUGCUUUCCUCCUAAAACUUAUGGAAGAUACAAAGGCUGAUUUUACAAUGACAUUUCGAGAGCUCAGUGAAAUUACUGAAGACCAGUUAAAGGAGCUCCAUAUUCCUGAGGAGUUCUGGGCUCUCCAGGAUCUAGGUAAACACGAGUUAUUUUCAGAAUGGGUUACUAUGUACCUCUUGAGAUUAAAUCGUAACAAGGGUGAUUCAGACACCAAGAGAAGAACAAGAAUGACAACUGUUAAUCCUAGAUACAUACUUAGGAAUUGGAUGGCAGAAUCAGCAGUGCAAAAAGCUAAUUUGAAUGAUUUCUCAGAGGUUCAUCUCCUGCAGCAGAUUUUACAACAUCCCUUUCAGAGACAGCAGGCUGCGGAGAAAGCAGGCUACUCCCUGCGCCCCCCAGCUUGGGCCAAGGAUCUUAAAGUAAGCUGUUCAUCCUGAGAGAGAUUUGAACAAGUGAAAAAAACCAUCAAGGUCGAAGCUCAGGCCUUCAAGUAGGAUUGAUGGAUCAAGCCACAGGAGCUUCUCUCCCUUACACUUUGUGCACUGGAAUCUGCUACUCCGCUAGGCAAGACAAGGUCUUGACCAACUUUAUAUAAAGUCUAAAGAUUAAAGAAACGGAUCACUAUGUAUGGUUGCAUCAGCACAUUAUAUUGACACUCUGCCCUUCAUAUUCAGCUGUGCAUUAAUUCGAGUCCCAAUAUUUAAGUUCUGCCAGACUGUCACACUUAACCUCUCAGAAUUCAUGGCUGAUCAGGUGGGUCUCAGUAAUUUUUAAUGGCUGGUCAAUUUAAAAUCCAUCUAAGCUAGUUUUAACCAUACAGUAUUCUGAUGAAUGUUCUCCUUGCUGUUACACACUGUUCAAAUAUAAUUGUAUUCUGAAGGCAUAAAUGUUCUUAGGUCUUUUGCAGAGUUGGAACAGAGGGUCAUCUUGCAUUUAGACCUUGCCACCUUUUGUCUUUUUGACCUUGUUUUGUCCCAUUAAACUGCCAACAAAGAUUUAAAGGAAAUUCAAUUAAAUAGCGAGCAAAUAUGUCUGUCUUGGGAGUGACUUGUCCAAAUAUAAAUUUUCGUGUCUUUGCCGGUGCCAGGUGCCUAUCGAGCAUGGCCCACUGCUCUUUGAAAGUGUAUCUUUUGAUAGUAGUAGAAAGAUUGUUGGUGCAUGGAUAGAAUGCAUUUUCACUGGUUGGAUAUGGAAAAGGACUUUCUUGGAAGUAUCUCACUACGUGUGUAGUCAGGUCAAUAUACCUUUUGUACCCCACCACCUGAUGCUGUAAGGGACUAACAAAAAUCUUGCAAGGGAAUUAUUUAAAAUUCAACUGAAGCUGCUACAUAGAAGUCCUCU